AAGAUAUACCUAAAUAAAAAAUUACUCUAUAAUGUGUCUACAACUUUAUUUGCGAGCAAGAGACGAGUGUUAUCCACCAUCCUAUUACUUUUUUUAUAUUUUCUUGUGAUUUCCUUGAAAAUGGUGGCAUGUAAGAAUACAUGCACCUUUCUCCAUUACAUUUGAACAUACGGCAUAUAUAAGUAUAUACGAAAUUUUAAGAUGAUUAAAAGAUCUCCAGAAGUAUUGAAAAUGUCACGUUCAAUUUUUAGUUUUUGACUGUCAGAAAGAAAGUUUACCGCACAGGUAUCAUCAUCUCGAAAUAAAUAUUCGUAUUUAAAAAUAGAAAUGACGUUAUAGAAAUUAAAAAGUAUCUGAAUUCUAUAUGUCUAUCAUUCAAAGAUGGAGACUCCGAAAACACCAAUGGACAAUCUUUUGAACAUGUUAUCAGGACUUAGUGCUGGUCAUGAAAAAGCACUGAAACAAGGUAUUUACAAUGCCGUUGCUUUAUUCCUACUGUGCGUUGUUUGUGCAGCAGGGUAUGGAUUAUUUCUUGUUCUUCAUCCAUUUUUGAAACCACUGGUUUGGGCCUUACUUUGUGGCUCAGUUCUAUUUCCUUUCAAGUCUUCCUUAACUACAAUUGUACAAUCUUGGUUUGCUACCACAGAAAUUUCAAACAAACCAUUUUUAAUCAGUUUAUCAUUAGUUCCUAUAAAUAUAUUCGACAAACUCUCUGAAUUUAUUGGCUCAUUUUUACAAAAAUAUCUACGAUAUAUUUUGAGUGCUAUCAUAUUAGUAGUUGGUUUACUGAUGGUUUAUAAAUACACACCAAAUAUUCUUUGUUGCUUGAUGUGGAGAUUGUUUAUGAUCUUUAACUCAGUUCUUGGACUAUUCAUAUCAGCAUGUAAUAUUUUUUCGAUCAGUGCUGUCAUCAUAGGAUACUUAUCAAUUUUGUAUGUAUACUGGACUCCAGCUAAUAGUGUUCAAUUUCGCUAUAGUUCUUUUGUUAUCUGGUUCAUGCUUAGUCUGUACUUAUCAAAUGUUUUUGGAACGUAUCCAAUUUUGGUAUUUUGUGGACUUCAAAUUUUAUUUUUAAUUGGAUUCAUAUAUGAAGUAGUAUUAAUCCUAGAUCUUCAAGAAAUGGAAGGCAAUAGAAAUUCACUUAUGGAUGUUGUACGAUUAGCUUUAAGUAAUUUCGAUGUCUCAACGUCCAACACUACUGGGAUGCCAACAUUGAUUGAAGAUGAAUCUUUAGUAGAGGGUGAAAAUUUUGAUACCAAAGAACCUGAAGGUAAUGAAAUAAAACGUUUAUCAACAAAACCAUUCCUUAAAGUAACAGGGAGAUCUCUCUCUAUGGAUUCAGACGUUGGCAAGACAGUAUAUGAUCAUCCUGCUAGGAGAGUGAGAUCUGCAAGUAAUGUUUAUUCUGGUAGAAUAUCUAUAUCAGAUAGAUACUUUCUAAAAAAACUGAGGUCUGAUUUGCGUAUGUCAUUGGAUUUGGAAGACAAUAAUGUGGAUACGGAUAAAUAUAUGUAUGUUGCAAUGUAUGCUUGUAUAGGAAUGAUCUUAUGGAAACAUAAAUGGAUAGUAGCAAUUUUGAUUGUGCCAGUGGCUUAUUAUUAUUUGAAGAAAUUAAGUUCUUAUUUUGGCAUUGGAAAAGGGAUACUUAAUCAGUGCCAAAAAAUGGUAAAUUCCAUUAAAUUAUGGUGUGAAGAACGACAUCAAGCUUUGAUACCUGUUAAUAUUAGAGGUCUUUACAAAGUCAGUAUUAUAGUUGAUCAGAAAAUAACUCAAAUGUUGAAAGGAUCUGUAGAUGCUGUUGCAACCACAGCAGUUAUUUUGGGACUUAUAAUUUUUGUCAUAUGUACAUCUAUUUUCAUUACUAUUCAAGUUUACACGGAAGGAAUGCAUCUUGUUCAAGUGAGUGGUGAGAUUCUGAAUUCAACUUUAAUGAAUAACCCAGAUAUAGACUGGGUUCCUCAACAAUGGCAAGAUUCUGUUAACAGCGUUUUAGAUAAUGCUUAUAUGUAUGGGCGCACAGCAAUUUCUGAUGGUGUACGAAAGUUAGUGAAAGAUUUAGAACCUGGCAAAGCAGAACAAAUGGAGAAAAAAGUAUUGGAGCUCUGGGAUAGACUUUAUCAAGCCUGGAUGAUGUCAAACGAUGGACCAGAUAUGAUUGGUCCAACAGUUGAUGCAAAUGCUGCUUUUUCUGUUUGGGAAAGUUUAAAAGAGGGCUUGGGAAAAGCUCCUUUACAAUUGUUUAAUAUGACUAGUAUUCAAAAUUUUGCUAAAGAAAAUGUUGGCAUUCUGAUGUCAGUUUUAGAUUCCGUUUGGACUAUACUAAAAGGAAAUAUGUCGGUAGUUCUUGGUUUGAUUACUGAACUUUUAUAUAUAGUACUUAUGAGUGGAUCAGCUGUACUGAAUUUCGCACUAAGCAUGGUUGUAUUUUUUACUGCUCUUUUUUAUUUACUCAGCUCUAGUGGGAAAACUUACAAACCAAUUGAGUUGAUUACAAACUUUAGUCCAAUAAGUUGCCACAGACCUGAUGAAAAAGGAUUUGCUACAGCAUUGCAAGAGUCUGUAAUAGGAGUCUUCACUGCAACAUUCAAAUUAGCUUCAUUCUUUGGAAUGUGGACUUGGUUUAUACACAAUUUAUUUCAAGUGAAAAUUGUCUACCUACCAUCAGCAUUUGCUACUCUUCUUGGAGCAGUACCAUUCCUCGAUGCUUACUUUGCCUGUAUUCCAGCAACUAUAGAGCUUUGGUUCACUCAAGGACCUUUGAUUGCUAUAAUUUUCUUUUUAUUCCAUUUUCUGGCCUGUAAUAUUGUGGUGACCGAAUUUUACAAGGAAAUCAAAGGAGGUGGGCAUCCUUACCUUACUGGAUUGUCAAUAGCAGGUGGUGUGUUUUGCUUAGGUAUUGAAGGAGCUAUAUUUGGACCUUUGCUUCUUUGUUGCAUCAUGGUGGCAAUAAAUUUGAGUAGAAGAUAUCUUCAAUCUCCUUCGGAAGAGGCAAUAAAUUCAAUCAAAUCUCAAAUCGAUCAAAUGGAAUCAUAAGAAUCGAAUUUUCAUUGGCGAAGAAAUUUUAAUGUAAAAAUUAAAUAUGCUUGUGCCUUUUUACGACGGUUCACUCACUUGAUCUGAAAAUUCAUAAUCAAACAAGUAUGUGCAAGAAGUUAUCAGGCAUAUAAAAAACUUGUUUCAGUUCAUAAGGCAAAGCAAAACCGUCCUAUCUAAGCUUACGCUCCAACGCAUAUUGAAACUGUGAUUUCAUACUCAGAAACAGUCGAUAUAAGUAUAAUUAUGAAACUGCUGAACUCGUUUCGCUAUUUUUUACUAAUGAAACAAUAACUUGAGCAUCUAAUUUCUUCUUUUAUACAAAUCUAAAUAUUAAUAUUUUAUUAAUAGUGUAAACUAUUUUUGAAUGACUGUCUAAUAUUCUACCUGUGAUUAACUAUUUACACUCAUUAAUUUAAUUUAAGUAGUAAACUGUUGAUCGGUUUAAAGAAUAAAACUCUAUUAUUCAUAAGGUGAA